AUGGAGAGAAAGCAAUGUAAGUUAGCAAUGCACAAAUAUUUUGCUGCCCUUGUAAUUGGAGAGAAAGCACUUCUCAUUCUUGCUUGUUGUACUUGUCAUCAGUGUGUUGAAGAAGCUAAAGAGAUACGGAAUUUCAGGAAUAUUAUCAUAUGGACUUUUGAAUACUGCCUACUACCUGACGACAUUUCUCUUGGUGUGAAUCCAGCUAUGGCUUGCCCCAAGUAUGAGGACAAGAAGUUUACUUUUAGGGGUCUUGCCUUAUUGGAUCUUCUUGGUGAGAGAGAUAGAGUGUCUGAAAGUUGGAUGAAGUGCCAGCAAAUUCAAAGCAAUCUUGUUUGUGGACUGUUUUAUGUUGCUCCUGCACCUGGAAAAAUGGGUUAUUUUGCUGCUGCUGAAAGUGAUGGCAAUGGUGUGGGCUGGGAGCCAAGUUACCAAGCUUGUGAGAGCAGGAGGAGAUCCCUCUUGCCCAGGGCCCUUGCUCUUGCACCUUUUGUAGACAGAGGAUUGUCAUGGUUCACUGUCAAAUUUAAAUUUGCGUCUCAGGAAAAGGUGGGGCAUAUACCGUGUGAAGCAAAGGAGCUGCAGCAAUGUUUCGAAGAUGCAAAUUCCAAGCAUCGAGGCAUGUAA